AUGAAUCGCAGAGUGCAAAUGCUUGUGAUCUUGGGCCUGAUUUGCGCCAGUCAGGCACGAAUUCCCAAUCUACGGCGAGUGGUUGGCUCCGGACGCGCUGCCGACGUGGAUGUGGAGGAGCCGCAAGGACCUCAAAUUCUCAUUUAUUCCCCAGGCGAAGCAACAGCCAGAUCCGAUGACCAGGAACCCACCUUCCAGGAGCCGCAAAUCAGAGAGGAAGUGGCCGAGUCUGAACCAAUGGAGUCCAAAGACAGUCGCAAGAUUCCCGACUAUCUUUACUCGAAUGCCAUUCCCAUGGUGAAUGACAAGAAUCUGAACUAUGUGGUGCCCCAGGUGGCGGCAUAUCCCGUGGCCUUUGGUCCCUCGAUCCUCUCCAAGAGCGGUCUCAGCCAGAACCAGGCUAAUACCUUACCCAUUGUGGUGGUGCCGCGCUAUCAACUUGGCUUUAAUGUCCAGGGUCAGCAGGGUAUCUCAAACUCUCAACUAAACUCCCAACUAAGUUCCCAAUUCAAUUGGCCCAACUUCAAUCUGCUGCCCAGUGAGUCUGUGGCCUCUGAGAAGGAGGAGACCCUGUCUGGUCCAACCUAUAUCCAGGUUCCUGUGGCAGUACCCGGACCUCCUGGACCACCUGGACCACCGGGACCAAGAGGUCCAACCGGACCCACAGGUCCACGUGGUCCUCGAGGUCCUGCUGGUGAGUCUGGAGUGAUUUCAGCCCAGAAACCUCAAAGCAUUUGGUAUACUCAGACCGGUAGCAAUAAUAAGCAGCCUUCGUUCUCCACACCUUUCUCAGGUGGCUAUCAAAGUUAA